CAGGCAAUGAAGAGCUCUCUCAAGGGGUCUCCAUCUUCCUCUGUUGACAAUGGCGAUGAUGACGAUCAUCAAGCUGGACAGAGGUUGGUAUUGUACCAUCAUUUGCUAGCUGCCGCUGAUCAUCAUCAGAGAAGCGGCCUGCAGAAAAAACCGUCGUCGUCAUCCUCGUCAACUCCGGUAAGACCUUAUGUUCGCUCCAAAAUGCCUCGCCUUCGUUGGACACCUGAUCUUCACCACUGUUUUGUGCAUGCAGUCGAAAGGCUUGGCGGCGAACAAAGAGCUACUCCAAAGAUGGUUUUACAGAUCAUGAAUGUGAAAGGCCUUACCAUAUCUCACGUUAAAAGCCAUCUUCAGAUGUACAGGAGCAUGAAGCAUGAACAAGGCAUACAAGGAGCGGCUAUGGCAGCAAUGAAGAAUGGUAUGUUCCAGGCCUUGGAGCACCCAAACAGCUCAAACUUAUUGAAACCAAUCAAUAGAAAUCAACCUCGUUAUUUCCAAAACAACGAUGGGAUGCAAAACAUGUACAACUAUGGACCCUGCCAAAGCAAUCAAACUUGUUACAUUGAACACCUUGAUCUCAACACUACCAGCCCACUGCCAAAAUGGAAAGAUGAGACGAAGCAAGCCAUGUGGAUUGAGAAAAAAGUGACGAGGGAGCAGAAUCCAAAUUCCUUCAUCAUAUUCAAGGAUCUACUCAAAAGAUGCACUGAUGCACAAGAGAGCAAUGAUCAAGGAAAAGCUGUGUCGCUAGUGAGUGCAGGUUGCAAGAGCAAUCAUAAAGAAUUUGAAGAUUUAUUAUUAUGUGAAGAAAGUGAAAGUAGCAUGAGAGUAGAUUCUAACAAUGAUGCAAGAAUGUCUCUAUCACUCAACUCGUCACCGAAAGCUUCUCAUGAGCUGUUGAGGCUCAGCAAAGCUGCUGGAAAUUCAGAUAUGAAUGAUGUCUCUCUUGAGCUUACUCUCAGUACUUAGACUAUAUA